GAACCAUGUUUUAAGAAAACCCCUUGUUUUCUCUAUUCUCCUCUACUUUUUUGUCGUGCCUUUUUCUUAAUUCGAUCCAUUCUAUGGAUCCUCUACCGCCACCGCUACAGCCUUCAGCCGCUCCACCCAUCUCCACCACCAACACGACGGCGGCGGCGCCACCUCCACUACCAACCCAAGUCAACUACCCAGACUCCUUGGAUUCCUCCCCUCGCUCCCGCAACACCAACUCCUGGGACGACCCGUCUCCACCACUCCCUCAACCAUCAAAGCUCCGCCUCAUGUGCAGCUAUGGUGGACAUAUAGUCCCCCGCCCACAAGACAAGUCCCUAUGCUAUAUCGGAGGUGACACACGGAUCAUCGUCAUCGACCGUCACACCAGCCUCACCAGCCUCCACAACCGCCUUUCCAAAGCCCUUCUUAACAACCAGCCCUUCACGUUGAAGUACCAGCUCCCGAACGAGGAGUUGGAUUCUUUAAUCUCUGUUGCUACUGAUGAAGAUCUUGAGAACAUGGUUGAAGAGUACGACCGCCUCUGCAAUUCGAGUGCGUUGAAACCUGGCCGACUUCGCCUGUUUUUAUUUCUCAAAAGUUCAAGUAUUGAGCAGCUUCUUGUUGAAACUGCGUCUACUAAAUCAGAUGACUGGUUUCUAAAUGCAUUAAAUGGGAAGGAUAUUAGUAUGACUACAUCUGCAAAGGAUUGCGAUUUUGCAGAAUCCUCUUCGGUCAAUUCUCUUCUUGGCUUUGAUGACGAUUCUGUAGAUAAAGAGGCCAAUACAAGGAAAUAUUUGGAAUCCCAAAUGGAUUCAGCAAAGAACGAUGGAAAUGGCAACGGGACUAUAAUUAAUCACGAUGUGCAUUCGGUCCCGGAUUCUCCAGUGCUGGAAGCCAAUUCUUCCUUUGGGUCUGCUUCUAGUUCUCCAUCUCUGGCGAACCUGCGGCCCAUAAGGGUACGGUCGGAGGAGAAUCAGAAGGUAGAAAGGUUGGGAAUUGAGCAGCAGUUUCAGCGGAGCGUCGUGGUUGUGGAGGCUGGUGGAAAUGUUAAUUUGCCUCAGAAGCAGGAGGAAGGGAGUUUCGUGCCAAUGGGCUGGGCAGCUGGAACUGUGGUAUCAGGGGUUCCAGUGGCGGUUGGUGGCGGUGGGGAGUAUGCAAAUCGAACUUUCUCGGAUGAUGAUAGAUCUGAUCAUGGUGAAUACAGAAGGGUACAACAAGCACAACAACAGUCACAGGUACACUUACAACAGCAGCAGACUCCUCAAUUUCAGCACAAACAAGUUGGUCCUAUCGAUUUGCCUUCCCCAGAUUCAGUUUCAAGUGAAGGAAGUGUAAACAAUCCAUUAUCUAGGCAGAGACAAACUAUUUAUCAAGAACCAAUGAUGCAAAUUCAGUCUGGUAACUAUAGAAUUGUUUCUGCUAAUCAAGUUGAUCCGAAGAUUGGGGAUCAAAACCAUAGCAGGGUUCAAAUGCAUCCGCAAGUUCCGGAAUCUGGUUAUGUAUUAUCAAGCCAGUUUGACCAAACUCAUUCUCAAUUACCUCAAAUGCAACAUUUUGUUCAUGCUGGUACUCAGUAUAUCCCUGCCGGAGCAAUGCCAAUGCCAUCGUAUUACCCUAUGUAUCCUUCCCAGCAACAGCAGCCCCACCAUCCUGUACUUGAGCAGCAGUACCCGUUCUACUUUGUGCCGGGUCAACAGGCCCAGGGUUAUCAUGUGCCGAUGCAGCAAGUGAAUUAUAGUGAAUCUAUGUCAGCCACUUCUACCCAUCCCCAAAUGCCUCCUCCUGGAUCAAUGGCCCCUUCUUCGGCUCACAACCAGGGAAGAAAUGCUUUCGCAUCCGAAUCUGAAAUUGCUGGUGGUGUGCAGAGAACAGCAGCUCAGCAGUUAGUCCAGGAUCCUUCCAGCCAGCAACAGGGACAAUAUACUGGUUUCACUCAAAUUCAUUACCCUUCUCAGUCGAUGGCUCCUCCUUCGGCUGCCAAUUCUAAUUAUGCCUAUGAAUUUACUGACCCUUCACGUUCCCAAAUAUACUACACUCAGCCUCUGCCACCGCAGGUGGCUGCUCAGUACCAGUCCAUGGCAUCCACCCCGGCUGGGACGUUACCUGAAGUGUCUACACAGAUGUCCAUGCUGCAUCCCACAGGGAACAAAGCGUCAAGGUAGUACUCUGCAGCCACAAAGGGUGAGUCGGGCAUGGAUACACAAUCUUUCUGUAAUGGCUUUGUUUUGCCUUUGAAGUUUAUAAUACACUGUUUGUCCUGUUACUCUUAGCAGUUGUGAAAUGUAAUUGUGAUAGGUAAUUGAUAAACUCUGGUCUUCUCUCUUCUUCUCGUGUGUAUGUGUCGUAUUUCUGUUGUACUUGCAAGUAAAAAUGAAUGUUGUUGGAUGUCACACAGUAAAAGCACAACCUCGCAUAUUACAUGGCUGGUUUACAGAUA